GCGAGAACCUGGUCUCGGGACAGAGGGCUUCUGGCUUCCAAGGCGGGAGACGCUCUGGACUGGACCCCGGACAGGCCUGGACUGGGCAGCGCGGGACGCUCGGGCAGGUGGCGGCUCGGGGGGUCGCGAGGAAGCGUCCCCCCACCUCAGGGGACAGAGUGAGGCGGAAUUUUCAGAUUUGGAAUUAUUAGGUCUUUUCGACAAUGAAAGGAGGAGAAAGGAAAGCAAGGGAGUUAAUACGAACGGUGGUGAAUUCAGUGGAUUUGGGGUCUUUGCACCCCAUGCCUUCUGGAAUGAAGGCAGAUGCAAGGCCUCAUUCUUCGCCUCUUGGUAUCACGACGCCUAAUUCUGGCAGAAGUCUCAUCAAGUCAUCUUCAUCCACCUGUGUUGUGAAUCCCGUCUUGUCCUUUGCCGACCUCGAUCGGAUCUUCUUUCAAAAAAUUCUCAAAAAAGAAGAAGACUUGAAGAAAGCAUUUAGCAUAAUUGAUUCCGAGCAGACCCUGAGGGUGACAAAGAAUCAGUUGAGAAGAAUAAUUGAAGUCUACCUUCUGCCUCUUACUCGAAAGCAGUUUAACGAAGUGCUUUCUCAGAUACCUCUCACCAGCAAUGGAGAAGUGCCCUACCUGGAGUUCCUGGCCAGGUUUGGCAGACUGAUUACAAAUGUGCAUUCCCUGAAAAGGGUGCCUGGGAAACAGUGUAACGUCAGGUCACUGAAUCAACUGGAAUGCCAGUUAGGAGAAAAGAUUUUCAAGAAUAUCAAAGGUGUCACCAAGGCCUUUAAGCUCUUUGAUUGCACUCAGUCUGGCCAGAUUCAUCCCAACGGGCUGAGACAAGUCCUGGAGAACUACUGCUUCAAGAUGAGGGAUGACGAAUUUGAGAAGCUCUGGAAUCGCUACAGCAUUGGGAAGGACGCUGCUCUGGACUACAAUGCAUUCCUGAAGAACCUGGCCAUGAACAUUAACCUGAACCAGAAGUACAGCAUGAACAGUAAAGCUCAAGGCCCUCUUCCUCUUCCAACCCAACCCAUCCCUCUUGACACAGUCCCCUGGGCACCAGUCUCAGUGGGUCCUGACGUCCUGGAGUGUACGUGGAGGGUGAAGCCAGAAAACAAAUACGUGUUCUCCUUCUCUUCCACUUCUGGAGAUGGUUGGGAAAACUCUUCUAUGGAUGAAAUUGAGGCAGCAUUCUGCAGAGAGUUCGGUGUGUCCACGUUGAAUAUCGAAAAAGCCCUCAGUGCAUUUGACACCACCAAAAGAGGAUACGUGUCUUUGAAUUACCUAAAGAUUGUUGUUGACAACUUUAUAUUCCCAUUACCAAAAGGGAUUUUUCUGCAGCUACUGAAAAGAUUAGGAUUUAAAACCACCGGUAAAAUUGCUUGGAAGCAAUUUUUAAGGAAAUGUCAGGACUGUGCUUUAGUCGACAAUGGAGCCAUGAUUCCCAUGAGGAAAAAAAAAAGAAUGUGUGGCGCGGAGCCCAUCUUCAAGGAGAACAUUAUCGUGAAGCUAUGCAGGCAUGUGGACGACGGCUUUUCUGCCUUGAAGAAGGCCUUCCAUACGGUUAACCCGAAGCAGGACGGGAAGAUCACGGGGAAAGAACUGCGGCACAUCCUGAACUGUAUCCUCUGGAAAAUCAGUGAUGGAGAGUACAAGGAGCUCAUGCAGAUCCUGGACCCAGCAGGCUCAGGCUAUGUCAACUACAUCACCUUCUUGUACCUGCUGGAAGAGGAGAACUCGGUGAUUAGAAAAAAAAGACUGAGUGGACUCAGAGAUGAGAGGAUACCUCAAUUUCUAGCUUGGGAUUCAGUGGAAGAAGUCCUUCAAGACGCCAUUUCCAAAAACUCGCAAGACUUUCAUACCUUGUUGAAGACCUAUGACAUCGGAGACACGGGACUCAUUAGUAGAAAUAACUUAAAGAAAAUCCUACAAACAUUCUGCCGCUACUUGUCUGAUGAGCAUCUGACAAAACUCUGUGAUAAAUUCCAGGAUGUGAUUUCAGGAGGAAUCCUUUACAAGAAACUUCUGAGCAGUAUUGGCGUCCCCAGCCCAACCCAUGACUCUCCAGUCACAGUCCAGAGCUUCCAGUCACUAAAUGGAAUUUGUCGAAGAGAGGAUAUUUUUGAGAGGAGCAAGCACAGUGACUAUAAAAAUGAUCCAACAAAAAACAAGACUCUCGAAGAAGUGAUUGAGAGUCUUAAGAACUGGAUCCAACUGCAGGACAUUGGCUUUCGGGAUACCUUCCUGGAGUACAGCAAGCAUCCCCUGGAAAAAAUCAGCAAAGAAGAAUUUAGGAAGGUGCUGGAAGAUAACGGAAUGCCUAUGGACGACGAACAGUUUGGUCUGCUGGUUAAAAAGAUAGGCUAUAAAAACGAAGGACUGAGUUAUCUCGAUUUUGCAUCCGGAUUUGAAGCUUCAGAUGGGAAACCCAGUGGACAAGAGCCUCCUGUGGUGCAGACAGUGCCGACUUCUGUUACCCCAAAGACCAGUUUUGAGAGUCAUUUCACAACCGCUGAUGACUGCCUGAAGAACUUCUCUAAGAGGAUUAAGGAAACUUAUGGGGACGCCUACUCUGCCUUUUACAAAACUGACACAAACCAUGAUGGCAUCAUUAACAUGACCGACUUCAGAACCAUGUUGCAUCACAUGCUGAUCACCCUGAAAGAGGAGGAGUUUAUGCGUCUACUUGAGUCGAUGAAUCUGAAGCCAGGUUUGACACUUAAUUACCGCGAGUUUCGUAACUUGUGUGAGAAGAGGCAGUUCAAGAAAGACGACCCUCCACAAAGGCUUAUCAGGCCCAAACCGAAGAACACAGAUUCAGACCUCGCUUGUGAGCAAGCGCAUAACUACCUUGUUUCAGAAGCAAGAAACAGAUGGUUCGACUUGUCGAAGAAUUUUCUAGAAACUGACAAUGAGGGCAACGGCAUUCUUCGACGAAGGGAUAUACGGAAUUCCCUGUAUGGGUUUGACAUUCCCAUCACACCAAGGGAAUUUGAAAAGCUCUGGGCCAGAUAUGACACCACUCAAAAAGGGUAUAUUACUUACCAAGAAUUUUUGAGUCGAUUGGGAAUCGAGUAUUCACCUUCUAUCCAUCGACCCUAUGCGGUGGACCAUUUCAACUUCAUGGGCCACUUCACAAAGCCAGAACAGAUCCUAGAAGAGACCAAGGAGCUGCAGCAUUACUUAGAGUCCAGGCCAUUCAAGGACAAGUUUAAGGACCAUUACCAAGACAUCAGCCUGGCUUUUGCGAAAUUGGAUAAACAGAAAAAUGCCUUCAUUUCCCUGAACGAGUUGCAGAAAGUCUUGCAAGAAUAUCAUCCAAACAUAACCGAAGAGGAAAUAACGACAAUGCUCAAAAGCUGGGGGAUCUCCUAUAAUGACAAUAUCAUCUACUACCACGAAUUCCUGAAAGCCCUUGAUAACUUAAAACGUGUCAAGGCUCAUCCCAAGGAGAAGGAAGAGUGUCAGCCCAUUGUCUUCUCAGUGCUGACUCCAGACCAGGUCCUGAAGAAGAUGAAGGAAAUGGUCUCAGCAAACUACAACACCUUCUUCAAGGCAUUUGCUGCAUAUGAUAAAGAAGAUACAGGCAUAAUCAAAGCGUCAGAUUUUGCACAGGUCAUAAAAGAUUUAUGCCUUAAGCUCAAAGACUCUCAAUACACUUAUGUGCUGAAGAAAUUAAGACUUCAUCUCAACACCCACAUAAAUUGGAAAUUUUUCCUCCGGAACUUCCCGUGUUUCUUUGAGGAGACUGCUGCUGAGUGGUCUGAUAAGAUGCAGAGAGCCUGUAGGCCCAAAUCCCCCAAGGACCAGUUCUUGAAGGAUAUCCUGACGCGCAUUCGGGAUGUUGUGACGGCUCGCUACCUGAUCAUAGCCCAGGAAUUUUCUGAUCUCGAUUGCUCCAAAUCGAACUUGAUAUCCAGAGAAGACUUCAAAGGCAUCUUCAAUCGGCACAUCCAGAUUUUAAAUGAUGAGCAAUUCGAGAGCCUCUGGAAUGAACUUCCCCUCAACAGCGAAGGGAGGCUCAAAUACCAGGACUUUUUAAGCAAGUUCAACAUGGAGAAAGCUUUGAGCCCUCCGGCCACGGGGGAUUCGGUCAAAACCCAGCGGUCGGGAGGUAACACUCCCGAGGCGGAGGCGGCGGCGGCGGCGGCACCAGCAGCAACAGCACCGGCACCGGCACCGGGGUCUGCCCCAGCGACGGGAGGCGGCUCCGCCCCAGGGUCAGCGCCGCGACCCCAGACUGGAGACGAAAUUGUUCCAGGCACCGCCGCGUCCGCGGCUUCCCGGGCCUGGGUGCCCCCCUUGCAGAACUGUGAAGUGAUAGAAAACAAGCUGAGAAAGAAGAUCCAGGGCUGCUGGAAGGAAAUGCUGAAAGAAUGCAAAGAGAAAGACGUGGACAAGCAGGGAGAAAUCACCGUGGCCGAAUUCCAAGCUCUGGUUGACAAGUACAACUUGGAGAUCAGCAAGGACGAGUGCCAGCAUCUCAUAACAAAGUAUGACCUGAAGAACUGUGGCAAGUUCGCUUACUGUGACUUCUUCCAGAGCUGCGUCCUCCUCUUGAAGGCGAAGGAGACCUCGCUCAUGCAGAGGAUGAAGAUCCAGCAGGUCUACAUGAUGAAAGGCUCCGGAACUCAGAGCGCUUCCUUUUACGCGGCUUUGCUGAGAAUUCAGCCCAAAAUUCUCCACUGCUGGAGACCCAUGCGUCGGACUUUCAAGAGCUAUGAUGAGUCUGGCACUGGCCUCUUAAGCAUAGCUGACUUCCGGAAGGUUCUGCGGCAAUAUGGAAUCAAUCUGUCUGAAGAGGAGUUCUUUCAUAUUUUGGAAUAUUACGAUAAAACUUUGUCUUCAAAAAUAUCCUAUAAUGAUUUCUUACGAGCGUUUCUUCAGUAGGUGAUGAUGUGGGCUCAACUGCGAGUGUCAGCUAGCACAUGCCGGUGGGUCUG